UCACUUGGAAUCAACUUUCAUCUUUGUAAAUUACAUUAUAGAUUCACACUUCAGAUUUGUUACAUGAUUUCUAGAUUGAUUACUCUUUUCAUUUUCCUUAUUCUUUUUUUUGUUUUUCUUAAGUUUUGCUUGUUGAAUCAAUCUCAGUUUCGGGCAUGUGUUUCUCAUCUUCUUAAGGUUGGAUGGUGCGAAGACCAAGGACCAAUAGAUCAAGGAGUCGCCUAUGGAGCGCAGAACUUGAAGUUGCCAUUAAAAUCUGUGAAUCUUGGGAACUGGCUUGUUGUAGAGGGUUGGAUGAAACCUUCUCUCUUUGAUGAAAUACCUAACAAAGAUCUUUUGGAUGGGACAAAGGUGCAAUUGAAGUCCACAAAGCUUCAGAACUAUUUGGCUGCAGAAAAUGGGGGUGAUUCCAUUGUUGUUAUUAAUCGCACUGCAGCCUCUGAUUGGGAAACUUUCAGGUUGUGGAGGAUCGAUGAAAAUUCUUUCAACUUUCGAGUAUCAAACAAGCAGUUUGUGGGAUUGUCACGCCAGGGAACCAACAGGAUAGUAGCAAUGAGAGAUGCACCUGGUGACACCGAAACAUUUCGGAUUGUAAGAAAAGAUGGCGAGCCAAAUAGGAUUCGCAUUCAAGCAUCCAAUGACUUAUUUCUCCAGGCAAUAUCAGAUACGGUACUGACUGCAGAUUAUGGAGGCUCGGGUUGGGAUGACGGUAAUCCAUCUGUGUUUAUUAUGACAAUAGUAGGCUCAUUACAAGGUGAAUACCAAAUAACAAAUGGUUAUGGUCCGGAUAAAGCCCCUCAAAUCCUGCAGGACCACCGGAACUCUUACGUCACUGAAGAGGAUUUCAGAUUCAUGUCAUCCAACGGCUUGAAUGCUGUGAGGAUACCAGUUGGAUGGUGGAUUGCAUAUGAUCCAACACCUCCAAAGCCUUUUGUUGGGGGAUCAUUGCAAGCCUUGGACAAUGCUUUCACUUGGGCACGAAAAUAUGGGUUGAAGGUGAUUAUAGAUCUACAUGCGGUUCAAGCUUCCCAAAACGGCAUGGAACACAGUGCAACAAGAGAUGGGUAUCUGGAAUUUGGAGAUUCCAGCAUACGGGACACCGUGAAAGUUAUAGAUUUCCUAGCAGCAAGAUAUGCUAAAAAUCCAGCUCUCGGAGCAAUUGAGUUAAUAAAUGAGCCUUGGGCACCACUCGUGACUCUAGACACCCUCAAAAAGUAUUACAAAGCUGGUUAUGAUGCAGUAAGGAAGUACACCUCAAGUGCUUAUGUGAUCCUAUCAAACCGCUUGGGACCUGCUGAUCGAAAGGAGCUCCUCUCAUUUGCCCAAGGCCUCAGUAAGGUAGUCAUAGAUGUGCAUUACUACAGCUUGUAUUCAGACAUGUUCAACGGUUUUAGUGUGCAAAAAAACAUCGAUUUCAUCUACAACCAACGAGGUUCUGAUCUCGCUGCUGUGACCACUUCUAAUGGACGCCUCACUUUUGUUGGGGAAUGGGUUGCAGAAUGGGCAAUAAAUGGAGCAUCUAUGCAAGACUACCAGAGAUUUGCCAAAGCACAACUAGAUGUUUACGGCCGUGCUACUUUUGGAUGGGCGUACUGGUCUUACAAGUGUCAGCACAAUCACUGGAGCCUCAAAUGGAUGAUCGAGAAUAACUAUAUAAAACUCAAUUAGCUUAUUCUAUAAUCUGGAAUAAUGCUGAAUCAGCUGUCUUUGGACUCUAUCAAAGAAAAAUGAGGAAAAUAGAAUAGUUCUUUUAUCUCUGAUGCUUGAUGUGGUUUUAAAUGCUAAUAACCAAGCAUUCUUGUACUCAACCUAUAAAUAUUUUCUGUUCUUAUGGAACAAACUCGUUUCAGUACCGGUAUUAUUAUUUUUCAAUUAAUCUUGUGGAA